AUGACAGACUUAGAGAAGUUUAAGGCUUUGAAUAAGAAAGUUUUUAAAGACCAAGCGAUCUGGAUGUUGAAUGCAGUAUGGCCUGCUUAUAAAGACACUCUUGCCGAAGAGAUGUGGGGCUUUACAAACACUUUUAUUGAGUUUGAGCAUGAGAACCAUGCUGAGGGGUGUGACUUAGAUGAAUUAAAUGUCCAUCGAGUUUUUGAAAAAAUUGGAAAUCAGAAGACCGUCCAAGAGAUGCGUUCCCAACUCAAAAAUGCUGGUGUUGAAAACUUUAAGAGAGUUUCUCUUCUUCACUUUUUAGUCUAUUACUUCGGACAAGACUGGCAAAAGGUGGCCAAUGCUCCACAAGGUGAUAACACCGAACAACUUUCUGCCGCUCAGAAGAUGUUAGACGAAGUCUCAAAGAAGCUUGAGGAGUGCACCAAACAGGCCGACCUUUCCAAAAAGGCUGCCGAAGCCGCAAAACAGAAAAAUGAGUCUGCCAAAGCAUCUGCCGAGAAAGCACUUGCAAAACAAAAGGAAGCGCAAGCAGCUGAGGAUGAAGUGACAAAAGCUUUGAAUGCAGUGCAAGCUCAAGAAGAUGCCAAAAACAAGAAGAGGGCUGAGUUACAGAAGAAAAUCGAGACGGCUGGUUUAGUCGCAAAAAAUGCCGCAAUUCAGGAAUUGGCCAAAUUGGACAAUGAAGAUGACUUGCCGAUGAGAAGAGCCAAAACCACUUUAGAAGCCGCACAGAGAAAGGCCGCCAAAGCUUUAAAAAUCGCCACAGAAGCUAAAGAAGUCGCCGACAGUGACGCCGACGCUGCAGCUAAAGCACAAGAGGAGGCCGACGCGGCUGCCGCACAAGCAGAGAAAACAGUUGAAGAGACACAAAAGAAGGUCGAAGAGGCAGAACAAUACUUGAAGGAACAACAAGCAGCGGCAGGAGGAAGUGGGCAAGGGACUAUGUGGUGGAUGCAAAGAGAAUUGACAGAGAAGAAAAAGUAUAUGCCAAUGAGAAAGGGCGGUAUUGCCAAGAAAUAA